ACGCGGUGCAGAAUACGCUAUAUAUCGGGUCGGUGAAAGUAGUGGUCAAGUAUAACAUUACGGGUCGUAACACAGGCUCAAACCUCUGAAGUCUGAAAACUGCAGUGUCUAAUAAAUUGUUCUUUCGUCAGACCAGUUUAUUUAGUGCUUCGAUCGACCAUGGAUCUGACAUUGGUGUGCCUGCUACUGUGUUGGUAUUCCCACAGAGUUAGUGCUUUACUGCCUCCGAUUCAGGUAACCACUGCGAUAAGUCAGCCAGCCGAUGCAGAGCCAACGGAGGGCGACACCGUGACCCUCGCGUGCAACGCGUCCGGACUACUGGAAAGCUAUGCUUACACGUUUGAUUGGCACAGACAUGUAAUGGGAACUACUUGGGAACCUGUAACGACGAACGGUAUUGUUUUGAACGCCCGAUAUUUCGCAUUCAUAAUUGGCGACCCACCGGCAACGACAACUGCGAUCCUCAUCGUCAGAAACGUUACAAGAGAUGACAGGCUUUUUGAGUGUAGGGUCAGCCAGAAUGGCAAUCAGGUGUCAGCGCCCUAUCCUAUUUUGACGGUGCGCUAUUUUCCAUCAGAUCUGUACCCGAUCUGCGCCCCUAGCGGAAGCUUCACCGUCCCGGAAGGGGCGACACUCUUGAUGAAUUGCACGACAGAGCCCGGUUAUCCACUAGUAUGGGUAGAAAUCAUCCAAUCAACCGUCGGCGUUACAUGGAGUGAAAUAACGGGGGAUGAGAUUGAACUCGUGCUCUCGUCACAGCUGUCGGUGAGUGCCGACCACCAGGACGCCACUUUCACGUUUAACGUGACUUCUGCGUCAGCAUUUCCCGGGAGGGCGAGUUCCUGCUCGAUCGGACCGCUCCAUGUGCUGAGGAUGGAGACUCCUGGAGUAUCGUCCUAUCCUGACGCACCUACUGCGGAGCCUGGACCGACUAAUAAUAACGCGAGGACGGAGAAUCCCAAAGUACCAACUCAACCUGAUGCACCUACUACCGCGGAGUCUGGACCGACUAACGGGGUGUUCCAAACGACUCCGGAUUCCCAAACCGACGCAGCUCCCGUGGCUUGGAUCGUUGUCAGUGUGGUCCUCCUCAUCCUCCUUGCCGUCUCGGUACCCAUCAAUGCCGUCUUUAUCACCAGGUGCUGGCGGCACAGAAGGUCCAAGACAUCCCAUCCGCAAGUACCAGACGUCGAGCUGGAACCGGGCGGGAAAGACACCAACGCUUAUCUAGUACCAACUAAUGAAGAAGCCACAGGCGAAGCCGUGUAUCAGACAGUCUUGGAAACCAAGGAACCUGAGUAUACCUAUGUCGCGUCGGACGAGAACAUCGAGAAAAUAUCAGGUCAUGCAACCGUCGACCAGUCGGUCUCGAAAACCGAGGGAGCUAAGUAUACUUAUGUCGCUUCGGACGAGAACAUCGGGAAAAAAUCAGGUCCUGCAACCGUCGACCAGUCGGUCUCGAAAACCAAGGGAGCUGAGUAUACUGAUGUCGCUUCGGACGAGACCACCGGGAAAAAAUCAGGUCUUGCAACCGUCAACCAGUCGGUCUCGGAAACCGAGGGAGCUGAGUAUACUUAUGUCGCGUCGGACGAGACCAUCGGGAAAACAUCAGGUCCUGCAACCGUCGACCAGUCGGUCUCGGAAACCGAGGAAGCUGAGUAUACCGAUGUCGUGUCGAACGAGACCGUCGGGAAAACACCAGGUUCUGCAACCUUUGACCAGUCGGUCUCGGAAACCGAGGAAGCUGAGUAUACCGAUGUCGUGUCGAACGAGACCGUCGGGAAAACACCAGGUUCUGCAACCUUCGACCAGUCGGUCUCGGAAACCGAGGAAGCUGAGUAUACCGAUGUCGUGUCGAACGAGAACACCGGGAAAACAUCAGGUCCUACCCCGGACGAAAAACACUAUCAGAACGUCAAAGGUAAGAAAUAAAUAUGUCGGGAUAUACGAGGUUGAUGACUGGCGAAACGUGCAGCCUUGGAUGCAUCUUCCUGGUUCAGCGUCCUCAGAAGUGGUUCAGGCACUUGUAAAAACGAUUCUCUCACAUCUUUCUGUUCGCUCUUGUAAAAGCAGACAUGCAGGCAUUAAUAAUUUACAGUAAUACACACUACAGAGUCAUUUGACCCGCAAUCCGGGUCAUACUUGACCUGAUACUAGGCCCUUUUCCGAGUCGAAAUGACACUAUUCCUGGUCAAAAUGACACUUUUCGAGUCUAAAUUACACUUUUUCGAGUCGAAAUGACACUUUCCCCGAGUCGAAAUGAUACUUUUUCGGUCGCAAUGACCUGCAAAAUGACCCAGAAUAGUGUAAUUUUGACCCGGAAAAGUGUCAUUUUGUCCCAGAAAAUUGCCUGGUCAAAAUGACCUGGAUUCUGGGUUAAAUCCGACCCGGGAUGUUUUAGAGUGCACUUUUAAAAAAUAACAUUAAAGACACGGUUUAUUGUUCAGAAAGAAUGGUCUGGAUAUGGAAAAUGUGGAUGUGCUUCGUUUUGGUGACACAAAAUACUAUAACAGUUUCAUUUUGAAGCGUUUGUAUUCGCGGAGGCCUACUUCAGAAGUUUCAUAAAUCUCAGCUAAAAUACAUUCACAAGUGAAGUUUUUGUGUAUGUUUUCCAAUUUGAAACUUGCUUGUUAAUAAUUUUUCAUUAGCAUUAGUACUCAUUCUUAUCAUUUAUACUUUUGUCUACUUUUAUAGUCACCAUAUAUAUUUUUACUUAUGAUGUGAUAUAAUGGAUCUUGAACUGGCUGGCCCUAGAGAUAGGUCAAUGCUAUGUAAAUGUACGAUAUCAUUUUAAAUAUGUAUAAGCACGCUCUCGUCAGCAGUAGGAACAAAGUGGAAUCUCUCAUUGGCGAUCAUUAUGGCUCAAAAUGAGUAGAAACUGAUAAAGUUAAAAUGGUUCGACGACCAGAAUUACCGUUGCCAACUGACUGGACA